AUGUCUACCACGGUUCAGUUGUCUACUAGAGAAAUUUCUGUGUUUUCUGAGGAGUAUAAGAAGCGUCGGAAACAGCAGAUGAUACGAUUCUUCGGCGCUACGGUCUUCACGCUGAUUUCUGCUCGUUUGGCCUUCAGGGGAGUCCAGUCUCGCAAAUAUGUGCCCAAUAUGUUUCAACUAAACCAUAAACCGCCAUUGUACUCAUUUCAGGGCGAAGCCAUCAGCGCUCUUGCCUUUGGUACCGGCCUUGCUACCGGAUCAUUUGGAAUGCUGGUUUUCGGGUCGUGCUGGCUGGCCGAUAUCUCAUCGCUCGCAGAGUUCACGAUCAAGGCAAGAAAACUCAUUGGGGACCCUUCGGCUCAAGAAGCGGCCCAGCAACCGAUGGAUCAAGAAACACAGCAAGUCGCAAAAGCACUCCAGGAUUUGAUUGAGAGUGCGAAGCGCCAAUGA